GAUGCAUGAUGGCUGGGCCUGGAUUGGUUUUUUAGAGCACAAGCUGGAGAAGACCAAGAAGAAAGGUACGAAGACCCGAAGGAAGCUGCGAUAUCCGAACGAUCCUGAAGGGCACGCAAAGAAGGCGCAGCAGCAAAAGUACUGGGAAGACGUCAAGGCCACGUGA